AUGUCAGAAGAACAAAACAAGAAAGUGUGGAAUGGUGGAAACCUGUUUGGCGGUGGGGUAAUGGCCAGUGCUAAGCGGGGACUUUGGCCAGUGCUUAGCGAGGGCAUGGCCCGAGCCUCCAUCAUGGGUUCCAACCCUCACACUUAUCGCGACCAGGUUGAUCGACUUGAGCAAGGAGGUGUAAAUACGAUUGGCAAGGAGCACUUCACCUCUCUGUAUAGCCCCGCGAGGAAACUAGCAUUCACGCCAAAGAAUAUCAAGGCCGGCUUCGCUGAAGCGGUCUGUUCCCUUUUAAUCCAGAGAGGGUGCUUAGAAGUAUGCCCGCCCCCCAGCUAUUCUAAGACCCGAUGAGGUAAAGGUAGCAUCUUGUUAGCAAGACGUAGAACUGCAAACACCUGUAACGCCAGUGUCAGCAGAGGCUUUUAUGUCACUACAGAACCUGAUCAUUCAACGGGAUGCUCAUACGCUUGAAGGAACGAGCAAACAGAACCUAGCUAGACAUUUAUAGAAAUGUACCAAAGCUUUCCAGAAAUCCUCUGCUUAGAGUAUCCUCUAAGAGGACCGAAUUCAGCUCCUAACCACUAUUAACAACGAAGCCAAGGUUCGACGAUCGACGAAGUCAUUAGUGCUAGGAAGGGCGAAGGUUAUAAGCUAUGAGGAUCUUAAGGAAGCACGAGCGAAGCGUGCUAAAAAAGAUGCUACCAAAGAAGCCAAAAAAAAUAAAGGUAAGGCUAAGGGCAAACGUGGUUGGAAGUGUAAAAAUGCUACGCCUGAGGCGGAUGAAGUAGAGGUAGAUAAAGCAGAGGCAGAUAAAGCGAACGCGGUUAAGACAAAACGUGGUCGGAAACGCAAUAGUACUAUGCUAGAGGUAGAUACGCUAGAACCGAAGGUUAAGGUAGCGCGAAUAAGCAACGCACCAGAGUUAGCGAGAGGCUUAGUAGCGCCGGCGCAAAUGAGUGUAAUACAAGUUACGCUAGAUUCAUUGAGAGCCCCUAUGGCGCGGAUGUGGUAG